AUGAAGGAGUUGGUGACCUUUGAGGAUGUGGUGGUGAAGUUCAGCAAUGAGGAGUGGACUUUGCUGAGUCCAUCCCAAAAGAACCUCUACAGAGAUGUGAUGGGCGAAACCUUUAGGAACAUGACUGCAAUUGGAGGACUUGGGGAUAUCCAGGAAGCUGAAAAACGAUGCAAAAUUUACUGGAGAUACUUAAGAAAUGAAAAGCUAGGGAAAUCCUAUGGACAUACAUUUUGGAAUCAGUGUAAAGAAGUAUUCCCUUGUACUGCAGAAGGUAAUGUGAAUAUGAAAGAAUCAGAAACACACCACAAUGUUCAGAUCCAUGAAAAAUAUUGCAGUGGAGAGAAAUCCUAUGUAUGUCAGCAAUGUGGAAAAGGGUUCACCAAAUCUGAACAUUUUAAGCAACAUGAAAGAAUUCACACUGGAGAGAAACCAUAUGUAUGUAAGCAAUGUGGGAAAGCUUUUAAAACACAGGGAGAUUGUAAGAAACAUGGAAGAAUUCACACUGGAGAGAAACCAUAUGUAUGUAAGCAAUGUGGGAAAGCUUUUAACACACGGGCAGGUUGUAAAGAUCAUGAAAGGAUUCACACUGGAGAGAAACCCUAUGUAUGUAAGCAAUGUGGGAAAGCUUUUACCACACAUAGAUGUUGUAAGGAACAUGAAAGAAUUCACACUGGAGAGAAACCCUAUGUAUGUAAGCAAUGUGGUAAAGGUUUUACCCAACAUGGACAUUGUAAGCAACAUGAAAGUAUUCACACUGGUGAGAAACCAUAUAUAUGUAAGCAAUGUGGAAAAGCUUUUAACACAUGGGCAGGUUGUAAAAAUCAUGAAAGGAUUCACACUGGAGAGAAACCCUAUGUAUGUAAGCAAUGUGGGAAAGCUUUUACCCAACAUGUACAUUGUAAACAACAUGAAAGUAUUCACACUGGCGAGAAACCAUAUAUAUGUAAGCAAUGUGGAAAACCUUUUACCCGACAUGGACUUUGUAAGCAACAUGAAAGGAUUCACACUGGUGAGAAACCAUAUGUAUGUAAGCAAUGUGGGAAAGCUUUUACCCAACAUGUACAUUGUAAACAACAUGAAAGAAUUCACACUGGUGAGAAACCAUAUGUAUGUAAGCAAUGUGGGAAAGCUUUUACCCGACAUGGACACUGUAAGCGACAUGAAAGUUCACACUCAAGAUAAAACCAGUGUAUAUAAGCAUCAUGAAAAUUUUUUAAGCACAAGUACAUAUUGCAUAAUGUGUGAAAAACUUCACACAGGCAGAAAACUUGUAUAUGUAAGGAAUGUGGGAAAGGUUUCAGCAGAAAUGCUCAUUGUCCAAUACAUGAAAAAAUUUACACUGUUGAGAAACCCUGUUUAUGUGAAGAAUGUGGGAAAGCUUUCACCACACAUGGAUUUUGUAAAAUACAUCAAUGACUCCACACUGAUGAAAAACCCUAUGUAUAUAACAAUGUGGCAAAGCUUUUACCACAUACAGUCAUUGCAAAACACAUGAAACAAUUCACACUGGGAUGAACCACUGGCUACGUAAGCAAGUGGAGACACUUUCAGCAGCCAGAUUGUAAGUGAAAUACGUGAAAAAGCUCACACAAGAGGUAAAUCCUAUGUGUUAUGGGAAUACUCUCAGCAGACUUGAUCAUUGUUACAUAUCUGAAAGAUAUCACUUGAUCCUAUGUGUAUUAACAGUGUGAGAAAUACGGCAAUCCAUGUUUGUUGUUAAAUACAUAGAUAAAACAGCACUCUUCAGACAGUUUACAUCUAAGUUUACUUUAAACAUUCCAAGUAGACCUGAAGAAAUAAUCAAUACAGAAGUUUGAUGUCAAUAUUUCUUCACAAAUUUUCCAGAAAUGACAAAUCUGAAGUGGAGCUCUACUCAAGUACAUAUUUUUAUGGUUUUCAGUUAAUCACUUAUACCUGUUUAGAUUUUUUAAAGUGUCUUUGUGCUUCAAAAUGGCAUCUUGUAAUUAAACAUGAUAAACUGAAAUGGGCUUUUCACUUUUAAGUAUGGAUAGUGUCCAUGUACUUAAUAUUUUGUCUUCAAACCUUAAUUUUUAUAUUUUUGGUGAAUUAUUAUUAGUUAAAGAAAAAAGCAAAAAAUGUAGAAAUAAUACAGAAGUUCUGAAAAAUAAACAAUAAGACAUCACUAGUUGAUUAGUUACAUAUUGUCAUCUUAGAAGUAAUUGUUCAAGUUACAAAAUUAAAACAUACAAAGUGAUAGUCAAAUAAUAACACUGCAAACAGUUCACCUCAGUGAUCCAACAAAAACAUAUUAAUAUGCUUAUCUGUUCUACAAACUUGUUUUUUAUCUUAAAGACGGUAAGAUUAAACAUGACAAAACAGGACAGUUCAUAAGGAAACAAGUUAAGGAAACACAGGUUUCAAAGCAUGUCCCCUGAGAUGUUCAUUUUCUAUCUUACUGUCUCUAGUUUUCUUCCAAAUAGUUGUUGCCAACUUCACAUGCAUUGAAUAUAUACUGAACAUUAUAGAACUAAUCAAAUAAUUACAGGAUGAUGCAGGCUUUUGUGAUCUUCAAGACUGAUUUUGGGGAAGUUGAUAAUGAUUACCAUAAUGUGUCUCAUUCUCUUCGUAGUAGAGAAUGGUUUCAGCAGAAAUGCUCAUUGUUGUCCAAUACAUGAAAAAAUUUACACUGUUGAGAAACCCUGUUUAUGUGAAGAAUGUGGGAAAGCUUUCACCACACAUGGAUUUUGUAAAAUACAUCAAUGUAUACUACUACGUAUACUCAAGUACAAUAUGUACUUGAGUAGAGCUCCACUUCUUACUUUUAUGUAUGCUGAAAUUGAACAUAAGAGACUAAACUAAUAUCACUCUGAAUAGUGAAUAAUAGUAUCCUGAGAAGGAGAAAGGUGAGGAAUUGCCUAAAUAAAGAAGGCAGAGCACAUUGUUAAAAGUGUAUCAGGAUUUAAAUGCUACAGUAGUUCUGUUGCUCUGUUUAGUUUGAUUAUAUUUUGUUCUGGUCUGUCUACUCAUAUUAGAUUUGAGGGCACAGAGAGAUAACCCAAACAUGGCAGGUUAUACCAUGAUGGUAAUUGUCCUUAAU